GUAUCUUCAACAAACUAAGAGAGGAAUUUUAAAAAGAAAUGCGAGAAUAGUAGCGAGAUACAGUGAAGCGCGCGCAGCUUACUGUCGCGACCGUGUUCUGACUCACUGGAGUAAAAUGUGUUAAUAACCCAUGUGUGUUCUUGCGCGAGGCAAAGGACCUGGAAUCUUUACACAUUUUUACAGCUCAUCUCGUUAUUUUUCACAUCGUUACCGUAAGUGACACACGCAUGACCCGGGCGCUCUCAGCUUUCCUCCAACCGACGCCGGUGAUGCCAUGCCCCGCAACCACAGCGGAGAUGAAGGCGGCCAGGGGCUCUGGAUGAAAACCUCACCCAAGGGACACCCGACCGAGGGCUACACUUUGAAAGAUGUGGAGUCCGGCAGAAGGAUUAUGAACCACACGUCGAGAUCUGGGGACGGCUUGCUCUCAGCCGGCGCAGGUGCGAGCGGGGGCGCAGACAGCCACCGGGCGAAGCAAGGUGCCCGACUCAGCCUCCUCGGGAAGCCGCUGGUGUACAGCGCGCAGAGCGGCAGGAGGAAUGUGCGCUAUCGGCGGCUUCAGAAUUACCUGUACAACGUCCUGGAGAGACCCCGCGGCUGGGCUUUCGUGUACCACGCCUUUGUGUUCAUCCUGGUGUUCGGAUGCCUGAUACUCUCCGUGCUCUCCACGAUCCCGGAGCAGCAGGAGCUGGCCUCACACUGCCUGCUCAUCCUGGAGUUCGUGAUGAUCGUGGUGUUCGGCCUGGAGUACAUCAUCCGCAUCUGGUCAGCCGGCUGCUGCUGCCGCUACCGGGGAUGGCAGGGGCGACUGCGCUUCUCCAGGAAGCCAUUUUGUGUCAUAGACAUCAUCGUGCUCAUCGCCUCUGUUGCCGUGGUAUCGGCUGGCAGCCAAGGCAACAUCUUUGCGACGUCGGCGCUCCGCAGCCUGCGUUUCCUGCAGAUCCUGCGCAUGGUGCGCAUGGACCGGCGCGGAGGCACCUGGAAGCUGCUGGGAUCUGUAGUUUAUGCACACAGCAAGGAGCUGGUCACUGCAUGGUACAUUGGGUUCCUGGUGCUCAUCUUCUCGUCCUUCCUGGUCUACCUGGUGGAGAAGGAGCUCAACACAGAGUUCGCCACCUAUGCUGAUGCACUGUGGUGGGGCACGAUCACGCUGACCACCAUCGGCUACGGGGACAAGACGCCCAAGACGUGGACCGGCCGCAUGCUGUCCGCUGGGUUUGCGCUGCUCGGAAUAUCGUUCUUCGCUCUGCCGGCGGGUAUCUUGGGCUCUGGAUUUGCCCUGAAGGUGCAGGAGCAGCACCGCCAGAAGCACUUUGAGAAGAGGAGGCAGCCAGCAGCCUGCCUCAUUCAGUGUGUUUGGCGUAGCUAUGCGGCUGAUGAGAACUCGGUUUCCGUUGCUACCUGGAAGCCUCAUUUGAAGGCGUUGCAUACCUGCAGUCCUACAAAGAAGGAGCAGGGCGAGACCACAACCAGCAGCACCGGUCAGAAGAUGAGCUUCAAGGACCGCGUGCGGAUGGCGAGUCCGCGGGGCCAGAGCAUCAAGAGCCGCCAGACGUCCAUGACGGACCGGCGCUCGCCGGGGGCGGAGAUCAGCGGCGAGGGCUCCAGCCCGGCCAAGGUGCAGAAGAGCUGGAGCUUCAACGACCGCACGCGCUUCCGGCCCUCGCUGCGCCUCAAGAGCCAAUCGCGCGCCCCCACCGAGAGUGACAGCAACAUGGCGGCAGACGACGCGUUCGACGAGCGGAGCUGCCACUGCGACAUCUCAGCAGAGGACCUGCUGCCCCCAAUCAAGUGUGUCAUCAGAGCUGUCAGGAUCAUGAAGUUCCAUGUAGCCAAGAAGAAGUUCAAGGAGACACUGCGUCCGUAUGACGUGAAGGACGUCAUUGAGCAAUAUUCUGCUGGCCACCUUGACAUGCUGUGCCGAAUCAAGAGCCUGCAAACAAGACUGGACUGUAUAGUGGGCCCCCAGCAGGGCCUGAGCAGCAGAGCCAAGACCUUUUCCUCCCCCUCACUGCCUCUCUAUUACAGCCACGCCAGGAGGCAGUCGCCGCAUGGGGUGGACCAGAUCCUGGGUCGGGGACAGAUCCCGCUGGACAAGAAAAUUCGGGAGAAGCUGCUGUCCGACGGAGACCUGCUGGAGGACGUCAGCAUGCUGGGUCGCGUGUGUAAGGUGGAGAGACAGGUCCAGUCCAUCGAGUCCAAACUGGACUCUCUGCUGGACAUCUACCGGCAGGUGCUCCACAAGGGCUCGUCCUCGGCCCUCACGCUGUCCUCGCUGCCGCUGUUCGAGUUCGAGCCCACCUCCGGCUACCCCAGCUCCAUCCUCAGCCGCGACCUGUCGUCGUCCACCUCGGGCCACCAGGUGCCGCGCUCGGCCAGCUCCAACCUGCACCACCGGGGGGGCCUGCACAUCAUCCUGGCGCCCAACGAGCUCAACCUCAACCUGGGGGGCUCGUCCUCCUCCCCGUCGGGGCCGGGGCCCUCGCCCAGCCCGGGGCCCUUCAGCCCGCAGCCGCCCACGCCGGACAGCGUGUCGGCGGCCGCCACCCCGCCCCCGAUGCCGCCGCUGACCCCCAACAGCUUCUCGGCGGGGGGGAUGGGCCACUUCUCCAGCCUGGGCCGGCCCCCGCCGCACCCUCCGUCCUCGCUGGUUGGCGUAGUCGGCGGGAUCCCCAACGCCAUGAUGCACCAGCAGCAGCAUCAGCAGCAGCAUCAUCUCCCGGGGACGCCUCCUCCUCCGCUGCCGCCGCCGUCGGCCGCCCACAACACCCCGCUGCUGGCGCACAGGGCGGCCCGGAGGGACGGGGUGUCCGGAGGGGGCGACUUCUCGCCGCCCUUCCUGAUGGGGGUGCGCGAGGAAGGGGAGGAGGCGCUGGGCACCGGGCUGGGCAGGCCCCCACCACCACCACCAUCACAGCAGCAGCAGCACCACCAGCAGCAGCAGCACCACCAGCACCCCAAGGGCCGGCUGAGCGCCAAGGAGGACGGCUCCUGGAGGAGACACAUGAGCCUGGAGAUGGACCCCCUGGCGCCCGUCCAGAGGAGGCCCGUGUCGGGGGACCAGGGCCUGGGCAAGUCCCUGUCCGUGCAGGACCUCUUGGGGACGGGGACGGACGUGGACGGCCACCCCGGUCUGUCGUCGACGUCCUCCUCCUCCACCUCGAGCAGCAACGACUCGAGCAGGGGCCUGGGGGACCCGCUCUGGACGGAAGAGGCCACGUCGUUCUCCUCCGAGCUGCUCAGAGCGAGCGCGGCGGCGGCGGACCCGCGCGGCUCCAGCCACAGCCUGGCCAGAGGGAGGGGGGACACGGGCCGCGGCAGCGAGGAGUCCCUCAGCAUGCCCCACGUCCGGCUAAAAUAA